CUUCCGGUAACUUCACAACAUCGAAGAUGUCUGCCUCCAUAGCUUCCCUCGCUUCGUACGGGAGUGAUUCCGAUUCUGAAAACGACUCAGAAUCCAUUACCAGCACCGAAAAAGUUGACCCAAUUGAUCCGGAUGCGACUGCUCAUCUUAAACCUCUUCAGUCUGGACACAAAAUGUCUUUGGCUGUUCUCAAUUCUGCCCCGGAGGUUGCUGUUAAGGAGGCUGUUGAGACUGGAAUACACUUGGACCCUUCACUAAAAGAAGUCACUUAUAACCCGACAUUUGAAACUAUGUUUGCACCUGAGUUUGGACCAGUGAACCCUCAUAAGUCCCAGCAGAUGUCUGCCCCCAGGAAUAUGCUGUCAGGCUAUGCAGAACCGGCUCAUGUCAAUGAUUUUAUGUUUGAACAGCAAAGGAGGACCUUCUCUACUUAUGGUUAUGCUUUGGAUCCUUCUGUUGACACGCACCAAGCAUCUUCUUUUAGCUAUAUUGGUGCUGUGGAUGAGGCUGAAAAAAACAAAGGACUGACUGUCUUUGAAAGUGGUCAAAAGAAACCAGAGAAAAGAAAGAAGGUUAAAGGUGGGGAUGCAGGAGAUAUUGACAACUACCUGGGACCGUGGGCCAAAUAUGUAGACGAGAAAGAUGUGGCCAAACCAACAGAGGAAGAGCAGAAGGAACUUGAUGAGAUCACUGCUAAAAGAAUGAAGAAGGGAAGGAAUGAAGAUGAGGCUCCAGCAGAGGAGAAGACCAUUCUUCAUGUCAAAGAAAUGUAUGACUACCAAGGCAGGUCAUACCUCCAUGUUCCACAGGAUGUUGGUGUCAACUUGCGCUCUUCAGAGGCUCCGGAUAAGUGUUACCUGCCAAAGAAACAGAUUCAUGUCUGGUCUGGACACACAAAGGGUGUCAGCGCUAUCCGAUUAUUUCCCAGCUCUGGUCAUCUUCUGCUCUCCUGCUCCAUGGACUGCAAGAUCAAGCUGUGGGAGGUGUAUGGAGAUAGAAGGUGUCUACGUACAUUUAUUGGUCACAGCAAAGCAGUGCGAGACAUUUGCUUCAACAACAGUGGAACCCAGUUCCUGAGCGCCGCGUACGACCGCUACCUUAAACUCUGGGACUCUGAGACAGGCCAGUGUAUCUCUCGCUUCACAAACAGGAAGGUACCGUACUGUGUCAAGUUCAAUCCGGACGAAGACAAGCAGAGUCUUUUUGUGGCUGGGAUGUCGGACAAGAAGAUUGUUCAGUGGGACAUCAGGACAGGUGAGGUGGUUCAAGAGUACGAUCGCCAUCUGGGUGCUGUCAACACCAUCACCUUUGUGGAUGAAAAUCGGCGCUUCGUCAGCACAUCAGAUGAUAAGAGUUUGCGAGUCUGGGAAUGGGACAUCCCUGUGGACUUCAAGUACAUCGCUGAGCCCAGUAUGCACUCAAUGCCUGCUGUGACGCUAUCUCCCAAUGGUAAAUGGUUGGCCUGUCAGUCCAUGGACAACCAGAUCCUCAUCUUUGGAGCCCAGAAUCGCUUCAGACUGAACAAAAAGAAGAUUUUCAAAGGUCACAUGGUAGCAGGCUACGCCUGCCAAGUAGACUUCUCCCCAGACAUGAGCUAUGUAGUGUCAGGGGAUGCAGAUGGAAAGCUGAACAUCUGGGACUGGAAGACCACCAAGCUCUACCACAGAAUCAAGGCUCACGACAAAGUUUGCAUCAGUGCACUGUGGCAUCCACAUGAAACCUCAAAGGUCAUCACCUGUGGCUGGGACGGACAGAUAAAACUCUGGGACUAACUCUGAUUGCCUCUAGACAAAUAUGUGCAGGAUCCAAUGCUUCAUGGAUGUUAUUGAAUUGUUUUGAGUCAAAGGCAAAAGACUGGCAUCCAGUCUUAUUGUGGAAGUGUAUUUUUGUAUCUUGGUAUAAAGCUCAAAAAAUUUACCCGUUUUGUCUGUGGCAAAAUAUUAGAUGCUUUUCAAAUGCAUUUAGCUGUUUAAUUUUUAGUAAUCCACUGCUUUUUUUUUUUUUGCUCUUGUUCCAAAGUUGUUUUUGUUUUUUAUCUUUCCAUUAUUUGGUAAAAUAAAUAUCUUGUGCAUUUCCCCUUUUAGAAAGAUUGUCUUCUCGUGAAAAGGAAGAAAUUGUUAACCAUCAUUAAACACGUUAGG